UGAAUCUUAACAUCCCUACAUCAGACACAUUCUAGGUUGUAUGCUCCUUCAUGGGCGACGACUGGCAAACAAAUGUCUUGCUCAACAACGAUGUAAUUGGAUGAAAAAGAAGAUAUUUUAUAUCUUCGCUUGUAGCUGAAAACCAACUAGCAAGUGAAGCAGGUUCUGUCAGCAGUUGGUUGAUUCAUGGUGGCUCCUGGCUCCCCCCCCAGCCUGCUGCAGCUCAUGAUGGUCUACUUUUUACCCUGUAAAAUUAUUUCUGGGCUUUGAAGAACAACGUGGUGAGUGCAGAGAAUGAAGAGAUCGCACUAGGCUCCAUGUUCAGCCUAGCAGCUUCAUAGUGUAAUAGGUGUGGGAAUAUAUUUCCAUGCAGAGUAUUUACAGAUUAACAUUUUAUUAUAUUUUGCUGGUGCCAAAUGAUAAUAAUACAGCAAUACUGCUGACAUUUCCAUGGACGAUCAUAUCUCUGAGUUACUCUUCACCUCUGCGGCGUGCUGACUGCUGUGUAAUGGCUGUGUUGUUGUGUAUUCUUUAUUGACGUACUUACAGUCAGCCACCUGCAUCUCCCAGCACACAGGAGGCCAUUCAGGGCAUGCUGUCCAUGGCCAACCUGUCGUCUUCAGACAGCCUGCAGCAACCGUGGAGCAGCCAGUCCAAGAGCAACUCUCACAGCACGCCGGCCGGCAGGAAGGCGGGCGGGGGGGCGGGCGGUGGCAACAGCAAGCGACCCACCAAACGGCUUCCUAAGAAACCCAGGAAAAGCAGCAGCAUUGAGAGUCUGGAUUACGAUGAUGACCAGGACCACAUGGACGCGUGUUUCAAGGACUCUGAUUAUGUUUAUCCCUCGUUGGAGUCUGAAGAGGAUAAUCCGGUUUUCAAAUCCAGAUCAAAAAAACGAAAAAGCAGUGACGACACUCCCUACAGCCCGACAGGUAAAUUCUUGUAUUGCUGAAAAUGGAAGUUCUACUCUAAAUAGACCCUCCAGAAAAA